CAGAUUUUCUGCAUUCAGCGUUGCUGUCGAUAACCUCAUGCAAGAAUAGAAAAUAGACACAGAAUUAUACAAGUUGUCAAGUUGUUACACGAGUGACUCGGCGAUUGAUUCCAAUGUAUUUGACCAUUUGUAUCUUCGAUAAGAAAACAGACCGACACGAUUAUUUGUCAAGUAUCUGAUCGCGCCCUAUACUGAGAAGAUAAAUGCGCCCGAUAGGAUCAGACAGUGUCUGGUCCAUAAAGAGGCUUGGAAGGGAUCUUGUAAGAGAGUUUAACGUUUGCUAGCGCCGGCCGACACAAAACGAUAAGGGAAAGAAGAAAAGAGGAAGGGAAAUCGCGACUCCACGUCGCGACCAUUCGAAAAGAAAAUGACCGUGAUGGAUUUCUUUGGUUGCGCCUGUCUGGCUUUUGGUCCGCCACUAGCCAUGUUUAUGUUCACCAUCGCUGCCGAGCCUAUCAGAAUAAUUAUAUUGAUUGUCAGUGCUUUUUUUUGGCUGAUAUCCUUGCUGUUAUCAUCGGUGCUUUGGUACGCUGUCGUUCCACUACAAGAACAUCUCGCGUUUGGUCUGGUCUUUUCUGUAUUGUUCCAGGAAGGUUUCAGGUAUCUCUUGUAUUGGGUGCUGCGUAAAGCUGAAAGAGGCUUGGAAAAGGUCACGACGACACAUGUGGCUGACAGUAGACAUGUAUUUGCUUACGUUUGUGGCUUGGGUUUUGGCUUCAUGAGUGGUGCCUUUGCUUUAGUCAAUGUCCUGGCUGACGCAGUGGGACCUGGUACCAUGGGACUCCGUCAGGGUUCCGAAUACUUCUUUAUAAUAUCAGCUGCUAUCACUCUGUGUUUCAUUCUCCUGCAUACAUUCUGGGGCGUCAUCUUCUUCUAUGCCUUAGACAAGAAGAAUUGGGGACAGAUUAUCUGGGUAGUUGGAUCACAUCUGGUUGUCUCAUGUAUGACAUUGCUCAAUCGUUAUCAAGUGUAUGCAGCCAGUUUAUUAUCUGCUUAUAUAGUACUGGUAAUAACAACUAUACUUGCGUUCAGGAUCGUUGGUGGACGGACGCAAUCUUUAAUUCUCUGUUUCCAAAGAAACUGAGAGCGCUUACAAAGGUUACUUACUUAAUAAAAUGUUCAUAGUUGGCAAGUUCAUCUCUGAUGUGAAUUUAAUAUCAUAAUGACAAACAUUUUUUCCCCUUAGAUGUCAAUCUCUAACGCAUAUUCUGCGAUAAGUUGUUUCUUAAGCUUGAAGUUUUGUACCGUAAGAAAUUGAUAUG